CAACUUUGGAAGGGUACUGUCCCAUUGCCCCUCCGCACAAUGGCGGUUCUCCGGUCGCGAAUCUUGGACCUCAUGAAGGUCCAGUGCCGCAUCUUCUCCAACACAUUCAACCCAGACCGACUGCGCCUGGGCACCCGAAUUCUCCAUGAACGCCUAAAGGGUGAAUCUGUCGCAUCGUAUUACCCGCCGCGGAUAGGUACAACCAAGCACCUUCGGCGGCUUUACCCGCAGUAUGAGAUUCUCGAUGAGAAGGAGGAGGAUUGGUUGGAGCAUAUGCAGAUUGCUAAGAGCAGAGGCAAAGCGCCGCCGAAGAAGAAAAGGACGGCCGCCGAAUCGAAGAAAUUCCAUAAGAAGAGGUGAUGGACGCCAGACAUUUAGGAUUACGUUGCAACGGGGCGAUGGAGCACAUAUUUUGGGCUUUCAGCGGGAGAAAGCCGUGUAACCUAUUGUACUACAGCAUCUUAUGGUUGGCGUUACAUGCUGGGAACCGUCACUGAGACUGGGGGCAGAAUCAGAUCUGCUGUUCUCUAUUUCUAUCCUGGAGACUACCUUUUUGGUAUGAAAAGUACUUGUAGACAAUGCAGUUUGGAGG